AUGCAGAUUUCAGAUGCUCUGAGCUGCCUGGCAGUUAAGGAUUAUCCUAUUCAGAUCCAUCCACGGGAUCCUCCUCUGUAGUCCAUGGGUCCCACCUACCUCACACCUCCAGUUCUUCCUCCGGAGGCCCAAACCUUUCAUUUCCCAGAUCCCAUGCCCUCAGCUGGCCCUGUGCCCCUGGUAGGCCCAGUGCUUCCAGCACGUCCUGAACCUCCAGCCACAGCCAACCACUUAGGCCUCUCUGUCCCAGGCCCGGUGUCUGUACCCCCGUGGCUCCUUCCUGGCCCUGAGAACCACCGGGCAGGCUCAAAUGAGGAGCCCAUCCUUGCUUCUAGUGGCACUCCCCCACCGGUGAUACCCCCAGAGGAAACUUUCGGGGGGAGAGUGCCCAGGCCAGCCUUUGUGCACUAUGAUAAGGAGGAGGCGUCUGAUGUAGAGAUCUCCUUAGAAAGUGACUCUGGUGACAGUGUGGUGAUUGUGCCUGAGGGGUUUCCGCCCCUGCCACCCCCACCCCCCUCAGACACCACCCCACCUCCUGUUGCCCCAGCUGGGCCACCAGCAGCCUCCCCUCCUCUACUGGCCAAGGAGGAGCCCGAAGAGCUUCCUACAGUCCUGGGGCCUCUCCCUCCACCUCCACCCCCUCCUGUUCCUGGCCCUGUGACACUCCAACCACCGCAGUUGGUGCCUGAAGGAACUCCUAGUGGGGGAGGACCCUCAGCCCUGGAAGAAGACUUGACAGUAAUUAAUAUCAACAGCAGUGAUGAGGAGGAGGAAGAGGAAGAAGAGGAGAAAGAGGAAGAGGGAGAGGAGGAAGAAGAGGAGGAAGAUUUUGAGGAGGAAGAAGAGGAUGAGGAAGACUAUUUUGAAGAGGAGGAGGAGUUUGAGAAGAAAUUUGAGGAAGAGGAGGAUGAAUUAGAGGAAGAGGAGGAGGAGGAGGAGGAAGAGUUGGAAGAGGUGGAAGAGUUGGAGUUUGGCUCAGCCGGAGGGGUGGUAGAAGAAGGAGGACCUCCACCCACCAGCGUGCCUCCAGAUCUUCCUCCUGCCGAGUCCCCCAAGGUGCAGCCUGAGCCAGAGCCAGAGCCUGGGCUGCUGUUAGAAGUGGAGGAGCAGGGGGCGAAGGAAGAGCGUGGGGCUGAGACUGUACUUACACUGGCCCCUGAGGUGCUCACCUCCCAGGAGGAGCUGGAGAAGGAAGGGGGAAGCCCCACAGCAGGGCCACCUCCUCAGGAGCUAGUGGAAGAGGAGCCCUGUGCUCCUCCGCCAGCCAUGCUGGAUGAGGGGACUGAGAGUGGGCGUGAUGGGGUAUGCCCCCAAUCAGAGACAUCUGCAGUUGAAGAAAUGGAGACUGAGACGGCCCCUCCCCAGGAAAAGGAGCAGGAUGACACAGCUGCCAUGCUGGCUGACUUCAUUGAUUGUCCCCCUGAUGACGAGAAGCCACCACCUGUCACAGAGCCUGAUUCCUAGCCGUCUCCUACACCCCCACUCAUUUCCAAUAAAGUUAUGUACUUUGACAU